UUGUGGUAUAACAAAAGAAAGAGAUGGAACGAAGUUUUGGACAAUAUCCAUCUCUCUCACUAUAAUGCGUAAGCGUGUUAUGAAAGAGAUAGCACUAGUCCGAAACCAUAUGCCAUCUCCCUCACUUUUCGAGCCAAGAAAUUAUUACAACGACACGGUGAAGGCACGUCCAUUAAUAUAUGUCUAUGGUGGUUAGUACCUAUUAUCUAUGGUCAGUACGUAUCUAUGGUUUAUGGUAUGUAUUUAUAAUAUGAUUUAUAACCAUAGUUUAUAACGUUUAUAAAUGGUUUAUAAUGAUUUGUUAUAAGUGGCGAACAUAAAAAUCAGCAACAAUGGAUGUAGUCUAUAAUUUGAUUCAUGUGAAGAGAUUUUUUAAAUACUCAAAUGAAGAAAAAAUAGUUUUAAAAUGUAGAGGACGGCCAUUGCCUGAUGUCAUUAUUGAAACUGCAGGUGUUAGUCGUGGAAAAGCAUAUAAGCGAAAAUUUAAUAGAGAAAUUUAUUCAAGGAACAGCUGGAUUUGUGGAUGUAACAAAAAAAAUGCAUUAUUUUGUUUUCCUUGUUUGCUUUUUGGCGGCGAUAAAGCAUGGACGGAGGUAGGUGUGAAAGAUCUAGUGCACUUAAAUGACAAAAUAAAAAGACACGAAAACUCCAAACGUCAUCUUCAUAAUACAAUGGAAUUAACCUUAUUGGGAAGGACUAACAUUAAAGCACAGCUAGAUUCAGCUUAUUGGAUAAAUGUACAAGAACAUAAUGACAACGUGACAAAAAAUAGAUACGUUUUAUCAAAAAUUAUAAACUGUAUAAAGUUUUGCGGGGCCUUUGAAUUGGCAUUGCGAGGACAAGACGAAAUUGAAACCUCUCAAAAUCCAGGAAUAUUUCGUGGUUUGAUAAACUUAUCUGCUGAGCUUAAUGCAACUUUACGUGAGCAUCUACAAAAUGUUUCAGUAUUUAAAGAGCACUCUACAGAUAUACAAAAUGACCUUUUAGACUGCAUCCUAGAAGUAUGUCAUGAAGAAAUAAUUAAAGAAAUAAACAAAUCUUCCUUUUUAGCAGUUAUGGCGGAUGAAAUAGCUGAUGUAUCUGCAAAAACUCAAUUAGCGGUAAUUUUAAGAUAUACCGUAGAUGGCGAACCGAUUGAACGUUUUUGGAAGUAUCUAAAUCCUACAAAAUGGGAUGCUGAAACUCUUUCGGAAAAUAUCUUCAGUAUUAUAGAUCCUCUAAUAAAAAAUUCACCAUACAAACUAAUUUCGCAAAGUUAUGAUGGAGGAGAGGUAAUGAGUGGUCAACAUGCAGGAGUACAAGCAAAAAUUAGGCAAAAGUACUCUUGUGCUCAUUUUGUACACUGCUAUGCACACCAAUUAAACUUAAUUAUAUCUAAAGCUGCUUCCAUAAAUUCUCAAGUGCGUGUGUUUUUUGGAAAUCUGAAAGAGAUUCCUACAUUUUUUAAUAACUCACCACAACAAGUUGAAGUGCUAAAUGAAAUUGUGAGAAGAAAAAAUCCCCAAGUUGUUAUGUCUUCCUGCAAUUUUAAUAUAAGGACCAUUAAUGUUGUAUUUGAAAACAGAGAUUCUCUUAUAGAAUGUAUGGAAGAAAUAGAAGAACAAUUUAAUAAUGAAACUGUGUGUAGUGCAGCUUCCUCUAUUCGGCGUAUGCUAGAAGAUUCUGUUUUUGUUUUUUGGUUAACUUUUUUUCAUCACCUAAUGCCCCAUGUCGACAUUUUAUUUAAUCAGCUGCAGAAGGGAAGUAUUGAUCCAAUUGAGGUAGAAACUGCUGUUCAUAAUUUCGAGAAAGGCAUUAAUCAUAUUCGGAAUAAUAUUGAUGACAUCAUUAUUGAAGCCUCAUCAAAUGUCUGCACGGAGCCUCAAGAAAAAAAAAUAAAACGCGCACAUAUCGGUAGAUUUAAUCACCGCAUUGCCGCCCUGGAAAUUUGUGAUCUUAUUACGAAUUCCGCAAAAGAUAGAUUUAUGUUUAAUGACCAUCUACUAGCUGCUUCUCUGUUUUUUUCUGAGCAUUUUGGAGAGUAUUGGAGUAAGUUUCCUGAUGACAAGUUGGCAACUACUUGCAUAGCUUACCCCACACUUGAAAAGGAGCGACUUAGAACAGAGCUAUCUGUUAUUUAUUCAAGAAACGACUGUAAAGAUUUAAGUGGUAUAUUACCCCUUUUGAAAUUUUUAAUACAAAAUAAUUUAGAAGAAACGUUAAGAGAAAUAAAAAAAUUAUUAGAAAUUAUUGCUACAACACCUAUGUCUACUUUAGAAGCUGAAAGAUGUUUUUCAACUUUAAAAAAGAUCAAGACCUUUCUUCGAAAUUCAGUGUCCCAAGAUCGUUUGACAGCUCUAUCGAUGCUUUCCAUUGAAAAAUUAUUUAUAUCAAAAAUUAAUAGCUUCAAUGAGAAGGUCAUAGACAAGUUUGCUUCUAUGAAGGAUCGCAGGAUUGAAUUAACUUUCAAAAAACAGGAACAUUAUCAAAUGCAUAAAGAAGAAUGUCCACAAAUACACGAUUUUAUGCAGUGUGGCCAGGGAGGACGCUCUGUACAUUCAAAGGGGAAUGACCAAGAUGAAGAAAAAACUACUGAUAAUGUUGUAAAAGAUAAUAAACAAAAAAGGAGUUAUUCGGCUAAAGGUUCAAAAAAUAGUCAUGAUAAAGAAAAACCUGACGUAGAUAGUGAACAAAGGAAUUGCUUAACUGAAGUGACUAUAAAAUGUAGUGAUGCUCAUUCGGAUGAACAAUCGAAUUCUGAAAACUCCGAUACUGAUUUAGAUGAACAUUCGUUUACUUCGAAAGAUAAUAGAGAAAAGAAAAAUUUAAUAAAAUGGAGAGAUGAAGAGAAACAAGCAAUUGAAUUUUUUUUUCAUAAACAUAUCAAACAUAGGAUUUCUCCAAAAAAACAAGAAGUCCUGCAGUUAAUGAAAUUGUAUCCGAACCUAUUCAAAGACCGGAAAUGGGAUCUUAUAAAAAUUUACGUACGCAACAAAUACAACUCUGAAAGUGAAAAUAACACUAUACAAUUCGUCUCAGUGCAAUGCAAAGAGGACGACCACGUAUCUCCUUUUUUAUGUAUGGAUAUUAAGGAAGAACCAACACGUGUUAUGAAUAGCCAAGACUUUCAAGAUGAUUAUUCUGAUCAGAUGAAAGUAGAAGAAAAAGAAGAAGAAUCGCCCACCACUUUGGACAUGGAUUUAAAGAUGAUGUUUGAAGAAGAUAAUGAACAAACUAAUACCAGUAGUACAAUCAAAACGGAGCAUCCAGUCGAAAAUAUUCAGUUACCUGUCUCUUCCUUACAGACAAAACUGCCCUUACCUUUAAGCAAUUGUCAACUACCUGCCAACUCAGCUCUUUUACUAAUUCCUGAAACACAAGAGACGUCUAAUACACUAACUUUGCUUAAUUUGAAUAAGAUAUCACCAGUCAAUUUAUCAGAUACAAUAUCUAAUCCACCUCCACCCUAAAAUUUGAAUGAAAAACUCUCCAAAGAUUUUUUUGCAAAGCAAAUCUGACGAGAACAUAAGACUAUCUGUUAUUUUGUUUUGGAAUAAGAGAAAUAAUUUUUAUUUGUGCUAUUAUGAUGAUAAAAAGGCUAUAAACGAAUUUACUUAUUUCCUUGAUUAGUUAAGGUCUUUGUUUCAUUGAAUGUGCGAUACAUUCUAAAUUCAUUGUUAAAGCACGCCCCCUUCUACUUCAUUUCUUCGUGUAAUUCGCGUAAGCACACCACCCUGAAAUAAAUCCCGUUCUGGAAGGGCGACUUUUGAAUUUUAUACACGCAAAACGAUUUGUAGACCAAAAAGUUUUAGAAAUACUGGCUUACACGCUUCAGUUCAUCGUAUAAGAAUCAUGAAUGUGCCUCAACUAAUAUACUGGAGUGCACAUAACAAAUACCUACCUUACAUUUUAAAUUAGGGCUACGUAAACUAUUAUUUAAUUAUUUGUGGCGAAUUACAGAUAUGAGUGAUGUAGUUAGGGGUGUAUUCUUGUGGUGUAUCUAAUAUAUAUUUAGUAAAAACUACCUGAGCGACCUAACUCAUUGCUUAAGAGUCGAGACAGAUGUAAAAAAAAGCUAGAAAAUCUCUGGCGAAAUUACGAAUCAUUGCGAGGACAAGUCAAGUUAGUUGCUUUAUGUGUGAAAAUAUGGAAAAAACGAACCUUCCCGUAAUUAACAUUAUGUAGAUCCAUAUUUUUCGUCCGUGUAAACUCGUAUGUUGUAAAUUUCAUUAAUGUCGCUGGAGCCGUUUUCGAUGUCUCAGUUACAAAUAUAUAUUAUAAAUAUUA